AUGGGAAGGUCAAAAGUGAUACUUGAUGCAGGAAACUAUGGGUAUGAAGAAAUCAGUAACUUCAUAGCCCUUGCCGGAAUUUCUGAUUUUGUGGAAGAAAGAAAAGCAUCUGAAUCAGAUACCGAUGACUCCUCCAGUGAUGAAGAAUCUGAGAUUGAUAUCCAUGAAAGCUUUAAAGAAGUUCGUGAUGCUUUGGUAGAAACCGGGAAAGAGAAUCUCAAAUUGAAAAAGGAGAAUGCUCGUCUUGAAGAAAAGGUUGGAGAACUUCAGAAGGCACUUCAAGCGGAAAAAGAUCUCAACAUGGAUAAUCUCAACAUCAUGUUGGAAAAGAUGGAAGCGGUUAAACGAGCAGAUGACAUCACCAAAGAGUACUUUUUGGAGAAGGAGAACUCUAGGAGUCUACAAGCUGAGUUAGAUCAACAUCGAAAGCAACUGAAGAUGUUGACUGGAACUAAGGAACUCGACAAGAUCCUGAGUCUUGGUCGUGUUGGGAAGUCAAAUCUUGGUCUGGGAUACUCAACAGGAAGUGGAUCAACCGGCAAGACAGUCACUUUCGUGUCUGGAGGAAUAGCUCAAGAUGUUGUUCAAGCAGAGACUAGAUCAUCCGUACAGAAACCUGAUCCCAUCCUAAGGAGUGGAAAUCGAGGAAAGACAACCAUGGGAUUAGGAUAUGAGGCUAAGAAAGUCAGUAAUGCUAGAGCAUCACAUCGCCACAGAGGAAUGAUUGGAAGCUUGCUUUACCUUACAGCAAGUCGGCCUGACUUAUGCUUCAGCGUCGGUGUGUGUGCUCGUUAUCAGGCCAAACCAAAACAGUCCCAUCUUCAAGCAGUGAAGAAGAUCUUGAGGUAUGUCAAGGGAACUGUCAAUCUGGGGAUCUUCUACUCUAAAGGAUCCAACAGAAAUCUUGCUGGAUAUUGUGACGCCGAUUGGGCAGGAUGUGCAGAUGAUCGGAAAAGUACAAGUGGAGGUUGUUUCUUCCUUGGGAACAAUCUUAUUGCUUGGCUUAGCAAGAAGCAGAAUUCUGUGUCACUAUCUACUGCAGAGGCUGAGUACAUUGCAUUGGGAAGCUGCUGCACACAGCUUAUAUGGAUGAGACAGAUGUCAGCCGAUUAUGGGAUGGAGUCUGGACCCUUCUUGGUCUACUGUGACAACAAAAGCGCCAUUGACAUAUCAAAGAAUCCGGUGCAGCACUCAAGGACUAAGCACAUUGACAUAAGACACCACUUUGUUCGUGAAUUGGUGGAAGAAAAACAGCCGUCAUAUCUACAAGCCAGCAAUCUCCAAGCACUGCCGUCGACUGACGAAGCGACUGAAGUAGCGACCACUACAUCUCUGGUAGUGAGCACCGAUGGUGUUUCUGAACCAGCAGAGCCGGAGUACAAUAGAACGACGCAUCAAUGUCUCUGUUAG